GAACUCCACAGAACUCCACAGAACUCCACUUUCUUCUUCCCCUUAAACCCUUUUUAGUUUUUACAAAAAACCUCAUUUCUUCUUCUUCUCCUUCUUUCUUUCUCUCUCCUCUCCUUAUCCCAAAUGGCGUCCAUCACCCUCCCCGGCGCCAUCCGCAUCUCCCCAUACCCCUCCAACGCCACCUCCUCCUCCCGCCGCCCAUUAAUCCACCUCCCUAAAUCCAAUCCUACCACCCACCCAAAAGCCAAUCCCACCACCCACCCAAAAGCCAAUCACAUCCAAUCUUCUCUCUCCUCUAACAACACCCCUAAUCCUCCUCCCAAUUCAUCUCACCAAUCCAAAUCCACACCCAACAGCAACCCCCUUCACUCUCUCAUCUCCCACCCUAUCCCCAAAACCCUCAUUAUCUGCUCCCCCGUCGGCCUCCUGCUCUUCUUCCUAUCCCCAAUAGGCGGAGGCGGUGGCGGUAACAAUUUUUUCAACGGAGGUGGUGGCGGAGGCGGAGACGGUUCUUGGUGGUCACGUUUUAUCUCUCCGCUCGCAUUUGCGAAAGAUGAGGAAUCUGAGGGGUGGGAUUCACACGGUCUUCCUGCUAACAUUGUGGUUCAGCUUAACAAACUCAGUGGGUUUAAGAAAUAUAAGGUUUCCGAUAUCCUGUUCUUCGAUCAACGACGCCGUUCGACUGUCGGUACCGAAGAUUCUUUCUUUGAGAUGGUUUCUCUGAGACCUGGAGGUGUUUAUACCAAGGCUCAGCUUCAGAAAGAGCUUGAAACCCUAGCUACUUGUGGAAUGUUCGAGAGGGUUGAUUUGGAGGGUAAAACUAAUCCUGAUGGUUCAGUUAAGGUUACAAUAUCUUUCCUUGAAAGCACCUGGCAAUCUGCUGAGAAAUUCAGGUGUAUCAAUGUGGGGUUGAUGCCACAAACGAAGCCGGUUGAGAUGGAUCCUGAUAUGACUGAUAAGGAGAAGCUUGAUUUUUUUCAGAGCCAGGAGAAGGAUUAUAGAAGGAGGAUCGACCGCUCUCGUCCAUGCUUGUUGCCAGCCCCAGUCUACCGAGAGGUGAUGAAGAUGUUGGGUGAUCAGGGGAAGGUGACUGCUAGGUCAUUGCAGAAAAUUAGAGAUACGGUUCAGAAAUGGUACCACGAUGAGGGGUAUGCAUGCGCACAAGUGGUGAACUUCGGGAAUUUGAAUACCAAGGAAGUUGUGUGUGAGGUGGUGGAAGGGGAUAUUACCCAACUGUUGAUUCAGUUUCAGGAUAAGCUUGGAAAUGUGAUUGAAGGGAAUACUCAGUUUCCUGUUGUCUGGAGGGAGUUGCCUAAGCAGCUUAGAGUAGGCCAUGUCUUUAACAUAGAAGCGGGAAAGCAAGCGUUGAGAAAUAUAAACUCUCUGGGUUUAUUUUCAAACAUUGAAGUGAAUCCGCGUCCUGAUGAAAAGAGUGAAGGAGGGAUAGUUGUUGAGAUUAAGCUUAAAGAACUUGAUCAGAAGUCUGCUGAAGUGAGUACUGAGUGGAGUAUUGUUCCUGGACGUCAAGGGCAUCCAACACUUGCUUCUAUCCAGCCAGGUGGAACUGUAUCCUUUGAACACCGAAACAUCAACGGUCUCAAUAGGUCAUUCCUUGGCUCAGUGACCACUAGCAACUUCUUCAAUCCGCAGGAUGAUCUUUCUUUCAAGUUCGAAUAUGUGCAUCCAUAUAUAGAUGGUGUAUAUAGUCCUAAAAACCGCACUUUCAAAACAAGCUGCUUCAAUAGCAGAAAGCUGAGUCCUGUGUUUACUGGAGGCCCAGGACUGGAUGAAGUUCCUCCUAUCUGGGUUGAUAGGUCAGGUGUGAAAGCAAAUAUUACUGAGAAUCUUACCCGCCAGAGCAAGCUUACUUAUGGGCUUGUGUGUGAAGAGAUAACAACACGAGAUGAAAGCAGCCAUAUCGCCAUAGCUGGUCAAAGGGUGUUGCCCAAUGGUGGAAUUAGUGCUGAUGGACCCCCGACAACUUUAAGCGAUACUGGUAUUGACCGAGUGGCAUUCCUACAAGCAAAUAUUACCCGAGAUAAUACUAAGUUCGUAAAUGGAGCUAUAGUUGGUGAUAGAAAUGUGUUUCAGGUGGACCAAGGGUUGGGCAUAGGCAGUAAAAACCCAGUCUUCAACCGUCAUCAGCUGACAAUAACCAGGUUCCUUCAGUUGAAGGAUGUAGAAGAAGGUGCUGGGAAGCCACCACCGCCUGUUCUUGUCCUCCAUGGUCACUAUGGUGGCUGUGUGGGAGAUCUUCCAAGUUAUGAUGCUUUUACCCUUGGGGGACCCUAUUCUGUGAGGGGUUACAACAUGGGGGAACUUGGUGCAGCUAGAAGCAUUCUUGAGGUUGCUGCUGAAUUGCGGAUACCUAUCAAAAACACGCAUGCAUAUGUUUUUGCAGAACACGGGAAUGAUCUCGGAAGUUCCAAAGACGUCAAGGGUAAUCCUACUGAAGUUUAUAGGAGAAUGGGUCAAGGGUCAUCUUAUGGAGCUGGCGUUAAGCUAGGUCUUGUUCGAGCUGAGUAUGCUGUUGAUCAUAAUUCUGGCACUGGAUCAAUAUUCUUCCGGUUCGGGGAAAGAUUUUGAUUGAUUUCAGUUUUUAUCUGUUUACGGUGAUGCGGUUAGUUUGCUGCUUUUAAUUUAGCUAUUGAUAGAGAGUGGUGUAGAAUGGAGAGGCCAAAUUAGGUUUUUGAAGGUGAAUGGCGGAUUCUUAGGAAUAAUUGUUCGUUGUCUUCUUGUUGGUAGUAAUUCAGAAAAGGAGAACUGGUGUUUUUACUCUAUUAAUUCAAUUGAAAAGUGUCAUUUUUAUCCCUA